UAUUGCAGUUAGAACCUAUGGCGGAUGUAGUCGAGUAUUGUGUGCAGUCAGAUAAACUCAAAUUUAAAUAGAUAAAAUGAAAUUCGUUAUCGUUUUCGCUUGCCUGUUCGCCAUUGUGUUGGCCAACGAAGAAGCCAAUGUUUUGAAGAACGAACAGGAAGUUAACCCAGAGAGCUUCUUCUACACUCUUGAGCUCGACAAUCAUAUUAGAGCCGAACAAAAGGGUUCGCUGGAGGGCAAGGAAGCCUGGAUCGUCACUGGUGAAUAUGAGCAUCUGACGCCCGAAGGCAAAACUGUCAAAGUAACUUACAAGGCCGAUGAGACCGGCUACCAUCCACAUGUUGCCACCGUGCAGUAAGGAGUAUCAAAAAGUGUGAAAAUGAUUUUUAAUUAACAAAAGGAAUAAAUAAAUAACGAAUUUUUUACGAGAAAAAUAUAAAGUAAA